AUGUUGCCGGCCAUUUGGGCCGUCCUCCGAGUCUACUCGCCGUACAUUGUCUUCCCGUUUGCGGUAAUCGUGGGAACCGUUGGCUAUAAUCUGGAGAGCAUUUUAGGCGACCGACAGAUCGGCGCCAAAACCAUCGGGAAGUCCAUUGAUAAGGAGAGGUCGGAACGGCUGCUCAAGAGGUUGGACGACACGACUGACGCCACGCAAGUGGAGUCACUGAAGAAGAAGUCGUUUGUGCCGAAGACUAUAUUUGAGCGAAACGUCUCGCCGUCUCUUCAGUCCAAAGAGUUUUAA